AUGAUCCAAAACUCCAACGCUUCCUCCCGCCGGAUUCUCACCUUCCCGGCGGUUCACCCAUGCCAAAGCAUCGCUCCGGCGACUCUCCUCGCCUCUCUAAUCGCGCUCUGCCGCUCCGCCUGCGACUACAAAUCCAAGUCGUUCGGCAGCAAUGUGAGGAAUGCACGCGAAACCAUUCGCCAGGUCGGCAACCUCCUCCUCCUCCUCCACGAAAUUAGGCUCUCGUUCUCCCCGAUCCCCGACUCGCUCCUCCUCGGGCUUUCGGAGCUUCACCUGACUGUCCAGAAGGUGAUCUACUUGCUCGACGAUUGCACCCGCGGCGACGGCGCCCGGAUGUGGAUGCUGAUGGAGUCGGAUCGGGUCGCGAAUCAUUUCCUGGUUCUGGUUCGUGAGAUGGCUACGGCUCUGGAGGUCCUGCCGUUGGAGGUUCUCGAUCUGCCGUGCGAGGCGGUGGAGGUGGCCGAGUUGGCGGUGAGGCAAGCGAGACAGACGAAAUUUGAAGUCGCAUCGGGUGACCAAGCAGCCAUGGCGGAGGUGCUCACGAUCUUGCGCAGGUUCGAGGGCGGCGGUGAUGUCCCCGAUCGCGGAGAGAUCAAGCGGGUACUGGAUUACAUCGGGGUGAAGAAAUGGAGCGACUGUUACAGGGAGGUAAAGUUCUUGGACUCCGAGAUUGAGUUUCAUUACUCGAAUAAGGAAAUGAAAAGAGAAUUGGAUGCGUUGAGUAGCUUGCUAGGUUUGAUGAACUACGCUAGGUGCGUGUUGUUCGAUUCCGUAUACGGUAAAUCCAAUCAGCCCGUUGACGGUGAGGGUGAAAGCCGCAACCACGAGUUGCUGCGUUCCCUUGACGGUGACAGUUUCCGCUGCCCGAUUUCUCUUGAAAUUAUGAGGGAUCCUGUCAUAAUCGAGACCGGGCAUACUUAUGACCGUUGUUCGAUUCUGAAAUGGUUCAGGGCUGGAAAUGCAACAUGCCCCAACACGGGGAAAAAGUUGUCAAGCACAGAGCUUAUACCAAAUGUUGCUCUGAAGCAAUUGAUUCAGCAGUAUUGCCUUGCAAAUGGCAUCCCAGUUGCUGAUUCCAGUCGCAAGAUCCGGGACAUAACCAGGACGGCGGCUGCAGGCAGUUUGGCUGCAGAAAGUGCUAUGAAAGCUGCAGCUAGUUUUCUUGCUGGUAAGCUCCUAGGUGGAGAUUGUAAAGGGAGGAACAAAUCAGCUUAUGAGAUCCGACUUCUUAGCAAAACAAGCAUUUUUAACAGGUCUUGUUUAGUGGAAGCUGGAGUUAUUCCGUCCCUUUUGGAAUUACUGUCGUCAGAAGACGACGGUACUUCUCAGGAGAAUGCCAUUGCAGCCCUUCUGAAUCUCUCAAAGCAUUCGAGAAGCAAAGCUUUGAUUGUUGAGAAUGGAGGGUUGAGAUCCAUUGUAGAUAUCUUGAAGAAGGGAGUGAAGGUGGAGGCUAGGCAGCAUGCAGCUGCAACAGUCUUCUAUCUCGCUUCAAUUGAGGAGUACAGAAAAUUGAUUGGUGAAACCACAGAAGCUAUCUCGGAUUUGGUAGAGAUGGUCAAAGAAGCAAACUACAGGGGGAAAAAGAAUGCUCUCGUUGCAAUCUAUGGGCUGCUGAUGCAUCCAGGAAACCAUUGGAGGGUUCUUGCAUCUGGAGCAGUUCCUUUACUUCUCGAUGUCCUGAUCUCUUCGGACAGAGACGAGGUUGUGACGGAUUCUUUAGCAGUUCUAGCAACUCUGGCCGAGAAAUCUGAGGGGGCACAAGCGAUUAUUAGAUGCGGAGCUUUGCCUCAGGUUGUAAGGAUUCUGGCCUCUACCAAUCCAAGGGCCACAAUGGAGCACUGUGUCUGCCUGUUGCUUGCUCUAUCCAUCAAUGGUGGUGAAGAUGUGGUGGCUUAUCUGGUGCGUAGCCCUUCUCUUAUGGGAUCAUUAUAUUCCCAACUCAGUGAAGGCACAUCUCGAGCAAGCAAGAAAGCCGGUGCUCUCAUUAGGGUUCUUCACGAAUUCUAUGAAAGAACCUCCUCCACUUCAAAGGCAACAGUUCUUCCUCGGGAGCAAUUUGUUCAUGCGUGGUAA